AUGACAACGCCCGAGUCCGGCAAGACCAAAACCACGACAAAAACCAUUUCGUCUUCAACCCGAGCCGUUGAAAAUCCUCAGAAAGGUAUUUCAAGUAAAGAGAUCAAGCAUUCCAACAAUCUUACAAGCAGUCAUACAAAAUCAAACCUCCAGACAUCACAAAAAACUGAAUCUAAACAUCCUUCUCCGUCGAGGAAUGAAAAUAUGGGAAGCUUUCCAUCAAGACCGUCCAAAAUUCCCAAGCCUUCCUCCACAAGAAGAAUAUCCGUGAAAACGGCUGCUUCUCCCCUCGAACUCCACUCCUUGCCCGAGAACACCAACUUGCUCCAAAACAAGGCAAGAGUACACUCAGCUAGCAAAAUUCCAAGACUCAAACAUCGAGUAGUUCCCUCCUCAAUAGAAACAGCAAAAUCGGAAUCAAAAACUACAAACGUCAACACUGACUAUUCGUUUCAUGUUGUUGGAGAAGACAGUAGUCAAAUGACUUCUUGUACCUCCCUGGAGCAAACUUCAAACAACGGAAAUAUGUCAUCAAUCAAAAAUAAUAACAUAACAACGCAAAACGAGGCUCUGUCAUCCCUGCUCUCCUCUUCACUCACUGUCUCACAUUCUCAUCAGAUCAACUCUUAUGAGCCAUCACCAUUUGAUUUUAUAGAAGCUCCGAUAGCAGAUAGUAACAACAAUCAUCAAAUAUCUCUUUUAGAGACUGUGGAGGAUAUUAUCCAAAAUAAUUUAAUUCAACCACCAGAGCAACAACAGCCAAUUGAAAUGAUAUCAUCAGACGACUCUUCUGAAUUAAACUUGGAGGAGUCACAAGUUACCACGCAACAAACUCAACAAAAUUCACAAGUGAUAACAAUCAAUGAUUUUCCCAUGUACUCGGAUAUAUUUAAUCUUUCAAAACAAGGAAAGGAUAAAGAGUUAUUUAAAUAUCUGGCCGAUUUAUCUCAAAUGACAUCACUACUAGCGUCAACAAACGGAGAAGCACAAAAGAGUACAUCAACCCAGGAUGAAGACUCUCUCUAUGAAGAGGCUUACAACAAGUUCAUGAACAAGGGAGUGUUCGCAAGGUUAAUAGUCAAACCACACAUCAAGACUCUUAAAGCCAUCGACCCAGAGACUGGAAAUACUGCUCUUCAUAUUGCCCUUUUAUCAAAUCAAACAACUACAGCAAGUUUAUUGUGCAAAUGUAGAAGAAGUGAUUCACCAAGCACUUCAACUAAUUUAAGUGAAAAUGGCCAAACGGAUACUGAUUUCAUGAAUAUUGACCAAUACAACUUUAACAAGGAAACCCCACUUCACAUUGCUACUCUCAAAAAUUUCUCCAAUAUUGCCCAUGUUUUAGUUCUUAAUGGAUCUAAAGCAUUUAACAUUCCCGAUGCCAACGGUUGGACAGCACUUCAAUUAGCAGCAAUUUAUGAAAGAGAACAAAUUGCUCACAGUAUGUGUGAAUAUGGUGGUGAUAUUUGUGAAAUGUAUGGCGAUUCUAUUUCCAGAAUGGUAAAUGUUGACGAGAUGAAAAAUAUAGAAUCAAAACCCAGUGAUCGAUAUGGAUUUUUCGUUGAAAAUCCCCAAAACAAAUGGACCAUCACUGAUAAAGAAGGUCACUCGAUAACUGAAUAUGUUUCAAUAGAUCCUGUAAAACAACCAUCUCUAUUUCAUGAAUUGCAUAAGAGAAGAAUGAAAGAAGAAAGUCGUUUAAAAAAGUGGAAGUCAAUGUUUGCUGAAAUUAAAGAAAAACAUGCCAAAGGGGAUUUGGAAUACUUGCCUAGGAAGUUUAAAGAAAGAGUGAGGAAAGGAAUUCCUAAUGAUGUUCGAGGCGAGGCAUGGUUGUAUCUUACUCAUGGCCACAUUUUGAAGAAGAAUAAUGAAGGUGAAUAUUCUAGACUUAAAAAGAUGCCACUCUCAACAAAAGACGCAAAACAAAUUGAUGUAGAUAUUAAGAGAGAAUUUCGUGAACAUCGAUUAUUUGCUUACAGAUAUGGCAAGCAUCAAGUGUGUCUUUUCAAUUUACUCAGAGCUUAUUGCAACUAUAAUACAAGACUGGGGUAUACUCAAGGAAUGUCUUCUAUUGCAGCCAUGUUGUUAAUGUAUAUGAAUGAAGAGGAUGCGUUUUGGACGUUUUGUUCCAUCAUGGAGAGUGAUCACUACAACAUGCAAGAAAUGUAUUUCGCUGGUCUGCCAGGAGUGUAUAAGGCCACAUAUGUUUUUUCUCACAUUCUUUCCAAAAGAAUGAAGAAAUUUAUGAAAAUAUUUGAAAAUAAUGAGCAUGGAAUUCGUUUAGAUGCAUUUUGCACAAGAUGGUACAUGUUAAACAUGCUUACACAAAUUCAUUUUGAUAUUGCUGUAUUAGUGUGGGAUUUAUUCUUAUCAGAGGGAAAUAAGGUGAUUCACAGUGUUGCUGUUGCAUUUAUGAGAUUAUUUAAAAGACAACUCAACAAAUCAAAAUGUGAUGAAUCAGCCAUGUUAUUGAACCAUCUCAUAGACGCAGAUUUUGAUUUAGAAAAAUUGAUGCGAAAAACACUCAAAAGCAAAAUUAAGGAAAAAACAAUCAGAGCACUGGAACUGGAGUAUGAACAAAAACAGAAAUGA